AUGGAUGGGGCGGCGACUGGCUCUGUUAUUCCGGCGAACAGGAGGCGGCCGCCAAUGGAGGAAGACAGAUUGGUCUUCGAGACAUCAAAGGGCGUGGAACCCAUCGCUAGUUCCGCUGAGAUGGGAAUUAAAGAUGACCUUCUUAGAGGACGUCAUUGCUCAGGCCCAAUCCGGUGCCGGAAAAACCUCCAUGAUUGCACUCACCGUUUGCCAAAUUGUGGAUACCAAAUCUUCCGAGCACAUGCAUGUAUUGGAGGCAAAAGCGUAGGUGAAGAUAUCAGAAAACUAGAGCAAGUAGUCUCUGGAAGAGUCUGUGACAUCAUUAAAAGGAGAACUUUACGAACUAGGGGUAUAAAAUUAUUGAUUCUUGACGAAUCUGAUGAGAUGUUGAGCCGUGGUUUUAAGGAUCAGAUAUAUGAUGUUUACAGAUAUCUUCCACCGGAGCUUCAGGUUGUACUGAUUUCUGCCACUCUUCCAAAUGAAAUUCUGGAGAUAACAAGCAAAUUUAUGACAGAUCCUGUUCGGAUUCUUGUAAAACAUGAUGAGUUGACUCUAGAGGGCAUCAAACAGUUCUUUGUCGCGGUUGAGAAAGAAGAGUGGAAAUUUGAUACACUUUGUGAUCUUUAUGAUACACUCACCAUCACCCAGGCUGUUACUUUCUGCAACACAAAACGAAAGGUUGAUUGGCUGACUAGCAAGAUGCGUGAAAAUAAUUUUACAGUCUCAUCUAUGCAUGGAGAUAUGCCACAGAAGGAGAGAGAUGCUAUUAUGGCAGAGUUCCGAGGUGGCACGACUCGUGUUCUAAUCACCACAGAUGUUUGGGCAAGGGGAUUGGAUGUUCAACAGGUGUCUCUGGUGAUUAAUUAUGACCUUCCAAACAAUAGAGAGCUGUACAUUCAUUGCAUUGGUCGCUCUGGUCGUUUUGGUCGAAAGUGCCCCUUAGAACUUAAACAGAGCGCUCUGACAACUGCUUCCACAGAGCUAAAAGAGGACAUCUCCUUAGAUGUUUUUGUUUUACGGACCAAGACCACAAAGGCCUCAUACUCGAAGCUAUCUCUUGCAGUGCCCUUUGCUGAAGGAAGUUUAAUCUAAAGAAAUUCCACAGCACUCUUGACAACUGCUUCAUUUGCUCAGCUAUUGAUCAUCGACUCGGUAGUGCAGAGGCAGAUACUUAUUUUACAAUAGCUAACUUAUCUACUUGCUUUAAAUUUUAAUAUACCGUCCGGAAUGUUGUUGCUUCAUUGCAGCGUUCCCAUCUUCCCAAACGUUAGAGAACUUAUGAAAUCAUUUAUUUGCUUGGGAACCUUUUAGACAUAGAGCAAUACUACAGUACUCAGAUUGAUGAAAUGCCCAUGAAUGUCGCUGAUUUGAUAUGAAAGGCUGGAGCUUCCAAUCUUCUGAAUAUGGUUCUGGUGUGGCUGCAUUGGUUUGCCUUCUGAGUGGUUUGUACCAAGGAUAAGUUUUUGAUGGCGAGAAAUUGGUGGAUGUUCUAUUUAUUGGUAAUGUGUGACAUAUUGGCUUUCUUGUGCGUCAUGUUUUGUUGCGAAGUGUAAUUCUGGAUGACUGGUUGAUCUUUUUUAACAUAGGCUUGAUAAAUUUGUCUGAAGAACUUUGCUGAAUUUGCAUAUGGUGUUAGUUUCGUCUGCUAAGAUGUACAAAACUUAUCCUGAAUGUGGUGAUGAUGUGUAUAAUUCCCUUCUAUUUCAACCCA